GUUUUUCGGCGUUCCUAAAAUCCCUGAGUCGCGACUGUACACAUAUAUCGUGCGCACGUGCUCGUCCCUAACCUUAGCGAUCGCCCCGUCAGGAUCCGAUGCGACAUUCACAGGCGCGUGGUAAAAGUUAACGGAGAUACCUGGCGUGAACAUUAAUUCCUGGCGAUGGCGAUGCAGGUCCCGACCGACGUGGAUGCCGACCAGAUCAAAUCCUUCCGAGACUUCUUGACCUCGUAUAACAAACUCUCCGAGAUUUGCUUCGUCGACUGCGUAACCGACUUCACGACGCGAGAGGUCAGGCCCAAGGAGGCCAAGUGCGCCCUUAACUGCAUGGAAAAGUACCUGAAGAUGAAUCAGAGGGUGUCCCAGCGUUUCCAGGAGUUUCAGAUAACCGCCAAUGAAAAUGUCCUGGCGGCCAAGAAUCAAGGUCAGGCAAUUUAGUCCCGCCAGUGAAACCGUAGACGAAAUGAUCUUGUCGCCCCUGUCCAAAGCUUGUUACAUCGCGAUAUCGCGUAAGUUCGCAAUAAACAGCACUUCUUGAGUA